AUGAAAAAGAAGAAACAGAGGUCUAGUUCAGAUAAGGAAGUCUUUAAUGUUAGGAAUCGAUUAGGAUCGACAUUGCCACCGGGAAGACAUCACGAAGAAGAAAAAGAAAAUAAAGAAAUAACAUCAUUUGCUUUAAGAGAUAUGUUUUUAUCGUUAGAAAAUGAAGAAGAUGAAGGCUGGAUAAAUAGAGGAAAAGAGGUUGGAGGGGUUUCUAAAGAAUCGUAUUUAAUAAAAUAUGGAAAUAAUGUUGAAAGAAUAGAUAUGAAUGAAAUAUGUUCGACCUAUAAUGGUAAACGUAUUCAAGAAUUUUCUAUUCCUAAAAGUCUUGAACGGCAGAAACAACCAAGACUUCAAUCGUAUGAUAAACAAAUAUUAUCAAUACCAAAUCAUAAAAAUAAUAUAAAAGAGUCACAUUUAAUUUUGAACAAAUUAUCUCAAGGACAUUAUUCUAAUGGUUCAUCAAAUGCAUGUUGUGAUAUUUCAGAUGAAGUUGUUGUUUGCAAUAAUUUUUCUUUUAAUAAAAAAGUUUGGAAAAAAGGUUUAUUGUCGGGAGCAAAAGGGCAUAAUUCAGUGGAAACGAAUGGAUCAAACUUAGAUUCUGAGGAAAGAGAAAAUAUUUUUCGAUCGAAAAUAUCUAAAAAUAAUUUUUUUAAUGAAUUAUCGGAUUUAGAUUAUUAUGAUGAUGAUGGCAUAUUUUAUUUUGAUGAUUCAUCUUCUUCUACAUCUUCUUUUAAGGAGUCCGAUGAAAGAAAUUAUAGAAACACAUUAAGUACGGAUGGUUCUGAAGUUGAAAAACCAUGUAGUAUUCUUGUUAAAGAAGAUAAAAAUUCUCAAGUUUAUCAUGAUGGUUCAAGAACACAAAUUUCUUAUAGUAAUGAUGAAGAUCUAUUUUUGUCGGGGGAUUUCCAGGAUGAAAGUUCUUAUAUACCAUUUUUUAGAACACAAACAUAUGAGGAGUAUAAUUCAUCUGAUGAUAUUUGGAGCUUCUAUACUUCAUCACUUUUUUCGGAGACAAAUGAUACAAAUGACAUAAAAGAUAUUAAUUCAAUUCCAGAUAAACCAUUUUUUGAAAAUAAUUUUGACAUAUCUAAUGAAAAAGGUUAUACAACAGAUGAAGAUCAAAAUUUCAUUGUAAAAAAAAAAAAUCAAGAAAAGAAAGUUGAAGUAUCUGAUAAUAAUUUUGAAAAGGAACAUUCAUGUUUUACAGAAACAAACGAUCAUACUAUGGCAUUGCAUAAUUCUAAAACAUCAAAGUCGAGCAAAAAAGAAAAUUUGAAUAUAGAGACUGUUUCUACAAAUUCAUCUUCAAAUUCCGGGACUACUACUUCUAAUGCACUGAAUAAGCCUCCGAUAUUAGGAACAUGGACACGCGAUUUAAAAAGGCCUAUUGGUAUUAUUGAUGGCAUCAGUACCAAUGUAAUUAAUCCAGUAACAUCAUCCUGCACUAUUUUAUCACCUACUUCAAAUCUUUCGCCAUUAUCCAUUCCAAGCCUAGAUGAUAUACUAGAUACGUCGGCAUUUGUUCAACUUUCCUCUUCAAAUUCAUCCUCCUCUAUUACUAAAAACUAUUUAUCUGAUUUUUAUCGUUGGGAUAAAAUUCCUAUAGGAACAUUUCGUCGUCACCAGCAAAGAUUUAUGAAUACACGUGAUGAACUUAUAAAGGGGGAAUGGUAUGUAUUGACGAACAAAUCAAGGAAACAACGUAGCAAUGUUCCGAUUUUGGGAACUACUGUUCGUCAUAAGAAAAAAAAGUUAAAAAAAAAGAGAAAUAAAAACAAACUUAAGGCUAAUAUUGAAUUAUUUGAGGAAGAUAAAGAAGUAGAAAUGGAACACUGCGGUCUUGGCCUUGGUCCUCAACUAAGUCCUCUUUUUAACGGACUCUCUUAA